AACACAUGAUUUGUUCAAGCCUAAAAUGUUAGUCCGUAAUCGCAACAUGGUGUUUGUAUGUUCACAGACGUAAUUUUACAUUUACGUGUAAUGUUUCAUGCAUGGCUUUUCUUACGAUCCUAACAAUUUACAUAUGGAUUUUCUUACGAGCCUAACGAUACGUACGUGAAACCUUUUGGCAGGUAUCUUGCUCCAUACAGAUGUUUCACCAGAUGUAUAAAUGUGAAGCAUCCAGUUGGCAUUUCCACUCGCUACCAAAUAUGGUGGUGGGAGGAAGCCUAGUGGCCGGCAGGGGGAGAACAUGGCCAAUAUGGAUUUUGGCCAUUCUGCAAAUUUUCUCAUCAAUGAAACAUUUGAUCUCCACAACAUUUUCUGUUUCCAAAACUAGAAUCUGUAACAAACAGAGUGGACUGCGUUUUGUAGACUUUACCUUUUGCCAAAGUAAAAAAAAAAAAUGUUGUUGAGGAGUGCAAAGGCGAAUUUAGUUAUUGCACACUCGCACAUCACAUUGCUUGCUGUUUGGGGGUUUUAGGCUGGGUUUCUGUAUAGCACUUUGUGACAUUGGAUGAUGUAAAAAGGGCUUUAUAAAGACAUUUGAUUGAUUGAUUGUAGGCGUUCCAUAACAGAAAUAUACAAUUAAAUGCUAGAACGCGCCAAUAGGAUCUCACUAGCUCGUGCUUGGCCCUGUUCACCUCCUUGCUUGUUCUUGUUCUGCCCACUAUGAUUUAAUUGAUUUGCUCCCAUUGGAAACGACAGGCUCUGGUCUAUCUUGGGUUAGUUAUAAAACAUCUUUGUAUACCACGAAGAAGAAGACCCUUUUUUCACUACCCGUACAGUAGGUGGCAGCAAUACACCGUAUCGAUUGUAGUCUGCCAAUAAAGCUAAAAGAAGAAGAAGAAAUUGGGGAAAGUAGUGGUAUGUGUUAAUUGUAGGGGUGCCCAUGGGGCUGGAGAUCAGAAAUGUCCCGUGUGAGAGAAGCAGGUUGAGGUUUCCAGGGUUAGAGUAGUGCAGAAGUUGUCAUAUGCUGAGGCAGUGAAGAAAGUAGAGGAAGAUGGGUCAAGGGGGAGGGAUCCUGAGAGGACGUACGUUAAGGAGUGGUGUGUGUAGUAGAUCUGUACCAGUACAGAGGGAUAGGCCAACAAUUGAUAUAUGUUUCAGUAAGAUUUGAUUUUUAGCAUUUAUUGAAAUGGUUAUCAACUGUACUGCACGGAUGGAAUGUAAGUCGCAGAAAAUUUAGGUUAUGUUGGCAGCUGCAGAGAGAUAUUUGGGUAUACGAGACUUGACAUCAGAAGAGUUACAGGGUUUCCCAUCCUUUCAGGUUGUUGGCCUGUGGUAGGACUAAAUACAAUUAAAUCGUGGAGUUUGGUGGUGUUACUUUUUUAUUAUUAGAUUUUUUUGUGAGUGGUGUAGAUGAUAAGGUAUUUUUUAUUUUUUUUUUCAAGCAAAGUAUAAGGGAGUUGUACUCCAGUCUAGUAGGUGGCGGUAAUGCAACAUUUAUUGGAUGCCAACUGUCAUUAAACCUUAUCAAAGAAGAAAAGGCGACAGACGCUGGUGGUCCUCUGUUUACUUUUUAGUGAACUACACUAAAUUUGAUUUCGAGGUGUCUGCAUCUAGCUGUACUUAUCAACAGUAUAUUGCUUCUACACUACACGUCCAUUAAUAAUUACUUUUUCGAAGACCAUUUUCGGUCAAAUAAUGGCAAAUGACGUUGCUUUUCACACUCAGCUAGCCUCCAUCAUGGAGGUUUUGGCUAACGCCGCCGUGGCUGAAAUCUGCGAGCUUGUUGACAAUGGCUAUGCGGUCCUGCAUUUGGAGAUAUCUCAAGGGCAGAAGGAGAAUGAAGCGUUGAGGAGAAAACUACGGAUGAUGGAGCUGAAAGUGUCUCGUGCGAGUGCUCCGAGAGCGGGAAUGGGAAGCUCAAUCCUCGCGCACAGUCGUUCUCGAACUCACUUUGGCAUGGAAUCGAAAAGGACAUCAAGCAGCGAGGUACAUUGUCGGAGAGGAGUUGAUUCCCAGUUGGUCACCAGCCUGUUUAGGGACGGAAAGUCCUCAGGUGAUACUGGACAGACUACCACACAGAGAAAGCCUGCUGCGUUGGAUGAGAUAAAGCCCAAAUCACUUACCAUCAAAGAGGAGAGGCAGGAAGAAGCCUGGGACAAUCAUGACCAACGAGAGAGACUGAGUACCGGAGCUUUAAAUCCCAGUGUUGGAGGAGAAAGGCAUUCCAACAUCGACACGGAGGCUGCUCAAUCAAUCAGCAAACAGGAAAACGCCAGCUCUUGUAUAUGGGUGAGUGGUGAAACGGACAACAGCCUCUUGCCAGAAUCAAAUGAAAAUCUGAGUGUGAACAAAAGAUCUCAAACCCCAGCAUUGGAAGAUGGUGAUGGAAUACUUGACCAUGUGGGCUUUGAUUGUAUGAUGUUUGAGCCCCCCAGACAACUUGGGACCCUUAACACCCAGGGUCCUGGGGCUGAUCUUCCCGAGUGCUCUUACUCUCAUGUGGAUGUUGUACAUAUUAAUUCUGAUUCAGAGAAUAGUUUUCCCUUUUCGAUGAACAAGGUGAGUCGCUCCAUAACUGAGCAAAAACAACCUGUAGCUUACAGAGACAAUAGACAGAGGGUGCCGUUGCCCUCAGAUGAGCCUCACAUGACUGUGCGAAAAGGCAUGGAGACUGGAUCCAAUGCCUUGGUAAUGACGGAUGGUUGGGUCUCCCAUGACAGUCAUAAUAACGACGCUGUGAAUUACAACCAAGACGGCACAGCAGGUAACCGGUUCAUUUGUACUUUCUGUGGUAAGACUUUGGCUUGUCUGAAGAACCUCAAGACACACCUUAGGGUUCACACUGGGGAGAAGCCGUUCAGCUGCAUGCAGUGCGGGAAGCGCUUCUCCGACUCCAGCAACCUCAAGCGACACCAGAGCGUUCACACAGGGGAGAGACGCUAUGGCUGCAGCCACUGCGGCAAGCGCUUCGCCCAGUCAGGCUCACUCAAAGUCCACCUUAGCAUACAUAAAGGAUGCAAGCAGUUCCGAUGCCCACAGUGUGAAAAGACUUUCAUAUCGGCCAAUCACCUCAAGAGACACAUCAGUGUCCACGAUGGAGAAGAAAGUAUUUUACCAACCACUUUUCAGUGAGUGAAAGCAUACCCAAACGUGCUUCAGCCCAGCUUGAACAAAAAAGGAAUUGGGUGCUCGACUGAAGGAGUUAAUCAUCCAAAAAGUAUUCCAUACACUUUUGAAUUAGUGUUUUUGUAACUCUUAUCAUUGAAGUUGUUUAUCACUCAUCCUCAGCCCACUGUGUGAAAAGCAGUUUGUGGACUCAAAGUAAUCUCAUUAGUCACACCGGAUACUACAUACAGUGUGGUGAGAGGUUUGCUGCGAAGCACAUUCUUAAAAUUCACCUAGAGAGAAACUAUUCUGGUUGCUCUAGUGCUGGAGAUUGUAUUGUCACUGAGUAUACCUAUUCAUGAAUAAUUCUACUUGAACAUUUUGACUGAACACAUUUUGUCUCUAUUGGGCUAUUUGUUAUUUACAGUUUAGGAGUAGUCUUAUAACAAAAGGAAUGGAAUUAAAACAAAUGAUUUUGUAUGUGUACCUCCAUUAUUAUUUCAAAAGUGCUGCAAGAAAUAUAUGAACAAUACAAACUGAUUGUUACUACUAUUAUUAUUAGUAGUAGUAGUAGUAGUAGUAGUAGUAGUAGUAAUAUAAAAAAUACUACCUCUUUUAGGAAAAACACUCCUCCAAGCCAACCAGUCAAGUAAAAUGAUAUCUCCCAAAGGCCCAUGUAUGACAUUUGGAAAUAUGAAUUAUCUUGCACACAUUAUUUUUGUAAACAUUUCCUCUGAAAAUGUGUUUUUGUGAAAUAAACAAUUGUAAGAAAAAGGCCA